GUCCACAGGAAGGAUGAGAGAGCAAGGAUGGAGCAAGUGAUUUAUAUGGGGUCCAAUGAUGAGAGAACGUUAGUCAUUUGCGGCACUAACACAUGAAGACAGGUCUGAAUGAUAAGCUGCCAGCAUUGGGAAAAUGAAGAAUUCUUAUGAGCAGUCGCUCAGCGAUUCUACUACAGAUUUGGACAACUCAUCUUCCUUUUUCCACGAAAGGUUUUCCAGAGAAGCAGGAAUCCCUAGAAAAGGCAAUCAUGGCUGGCUAUCUCUAGCUCUUGUGGCUAUUCUAAUUAUUAUAUUUGUGAUCUUGGCUCUUCUCACUGGACUCCUGUUUGGUCACUAUGCCACCAUGGUUGAUGAACUCACGGUGCUAAAAUAUAAUGUUUCAAAUUCAAAAAGUGACACUUCUGACCUAUGGAAGUCAGUUGACAACAUAAUGGGUGACAUGUCAAAGAUAAAGACACAAGUGGACAUAACAGGGGGAAGCUGUAGCAGUUGCCCCCCAGGAUGGAAGUUAAUUCGUAACUAUUGCUACUAUUUCAAGUCUACUUCUGAAACAUGGGAGAAGAGCAGAGAGAAAUGUGCAACCCUUAAUGGUGUCCUCCUGAUCAUGAAGGACAUAAAUGAAAUGAAUGCUUUGCUGCCAACCAUAGGAAAAGGUAGAUACUGGCUAGGACUGAAGCGGAGCAGUGAGGACACUGAUAUAUGGGUGUGGGCUGAUGAAACCCCUCUGACAUUCAGUGCCUGGAAUGAAGGGGAACCCAAUAAUGAUCAUGAUGAGGAACACUGUGCAGAAAUUCUAGGUGGAGUGCAAGCAUGGAAUGACCGCAAUUGCCAACACAAGAUUGGAUACAUAUGUAGAGGAGUAUGGACUUGCUGAGAUACAUAUUGAGCGCCCCUAAUAAACUUCAUUAGCUAAGCAAUA